GAUUUAUUUUUGGAAACCAAGUGCAAUAUUAAAAAGAAUAAAUUACAGUACAUUAUUGGAAGCCACUUCUACUGAUUUUAUUACAUUUUUAAAUUUAUGAUUUGAUUUGAAUACUAUCAUGGGAGGAGCUGUGAGUGCCGGGGAAGAUAAUGAUGACUUAAUUGAUAAUCUUAAAGAAGCUCAGUAUAUCCGUACUGAAAGAGUGGAGCAAGCUUUCAGAGCAAUUGAUCGUGGAGAUUACUAUUUGGAAGGCUACAGAGACAAUGCUUACAAAGACUUAGCCUGGAAGCAUGGAAACAUACACUUAUCAGCACCUUGCAUUUAUUCUGAAGUUAUGGAAGCACUGAAACUUCAACCGGGAUUGUCUUUUCUUAACCUGGGAAGUGGAACCGGAUAUUUAAGUACAAUGGUGGGCUUAAUUUUAGGUCCUUUUGGAAUAAAUCAUGGAAUUGAGCUUCAUUCAGAUGUGGUGGAAUAUGCCAAGGAAAAGCUGGAGAGUUUCAUCAAAAAUAGUGAUAGCUUUGAUAAAUUUGAGUUCUGUGAACCUGCAUUUGUCGUCGGUAAUUGCCUCCAAAUAGCAUCUGACAGUCAUCAGUAUGAUCGAAUUUAUUGUGGAGCUGGGGUCCAGAAAGACCAUGAAAACUACAUGAAAAUAUUGCUGAAAGUUGGAGGCAUACUAGUUAUGCCUAUAGAAGAUCAGUUAACACAGAUUAUGCGAACUGGACAAAACACUUGGGAAAGUAAAAAUAUCCUUGCUGUUUCAUUUGCUCCACUUGUGCAGCCAAGUAAGAAUGAUAAUGGCAAGCCAGAUUCUGUGGGCCUCCCCCCCUGUGCUGUCAGGAAUCUACAGGACUUGGCUCGUAUUUACAUUCGACGCACACUUAGAAAUUUCAUAAAUGAUGAGAUGCAGGCCAAGGGGAUUCCUCAAAGGGCUCCACCCAAGAGGAAAAGAAAGAGAGUUAAGCAGAGGAUUAACACUUAUGUAUUUGUGGGUAACCAGCUUAUUCCUCAGCCUCUAGACAGUGAGGAGGAUGAGAAAAUGGAAGAAGAUAACAAAGAAGAGGAAGAGAAAGAUCACAGCGAAGCCAUGAAGCUGGAGGAGCCACCUCAAAAUUUACUGAGAGAAAAAAUCAUGAAGCUGCCUCUCCCUGAAUCUUUAAAAGCUUACUUGACGUAUUUUAGAGACAAAUAAAUCAAGGAGAAAAAAUACCUGCUGAUACUCCUUUAGUCUUGAAAAUGUAGCAUUUAUUAGGGGUUUAAAGAGAGAAUUAUUUCUUUGAUCAGAGUGAAUUAUAGUGGAAAAAAGUAUAACUUGUCAGUAACAAAAACAAUGUAUUCAUUGAUUAAAAUGAAUAUCUCUUUUAUAAAAUCUAUUUUUCUUUAAAUCUUGGAAAAAUGCUGUUUUAACUCAAUGAUUUCAAAGUGGAAUGCAACAAUAGUCAAGACUUUGUGUACUAUAAAUCCUUUUCUGAUUCCUUACAGACUUGUAGUGGUGAGGGUUAGAUUUAAUUUUCUAUAAGAUUUAAAUAAUUGUUAAGCAUAUAUAAGUUGAAUUGCAGUUUUUGGUGUUUCCUCUAUGAAAACUUUCUUAUCUAAUAAGGAAAUCAGAUGCUUUGUAGACCUAUUUACACUUUUGUUUUAAUCACUCUUGCUGAAUUGCUGUAGAUAUAUUCCGGGCAAUAUAUGAGUGCAAUAAUAAUACAAUAUAUUGAAUAAUUUAGCUUUAAAAAAGUACAUUUAAUGAAAUUUUACAGCCCUGCAACUUUUGCUUUUGAAUCUGUUGCCAAAAGACAUGGGGAAAAUACUUGCUUCUCUUAUAAAGAUUUAAAGAGCACAGCAAGUGAAGUAGGAAGUCUAUACUUAAUACAACUCUUAAUUUGUAUGGACCCUUUACAUUUUCAGUAUUUAAAAAUAAUGAGGCUGUCUUAAUUCUCUGGAAUUUUAAAAGAUAGUGUAUUUAGGUUUUUUUUUUUUCCUGUAGUUCACUGUAUAAAAUACUUCGUGUAAAACGAUCGUUGUCCUGUCUGACUGAUAGUGUAGAGUGUGUGAAGGGAUGAGCACGAAUGACUACCACCUUCUUGGGAGCUCUGCGUUGCAGAGCAUAUGUGGUCAGCUGAUGCACUUUAGCACGUGAGACUUAUAGUUUAUCCGAAUAUUUAUCUUCGACAGGGUAGGGCUGAGCUUGCCUACAUUUGCUUUGGAUCUUUCUGUUAUAAGAAACAGUCACAGAAAUUGUGUGUAGACACCUUUGUGUUAAACAUCAGGUUCAGAAUUAUAGUGUAAUAUUUGGGACCUACACCAUGUUCAUUUAACUUACCGUAUUUUUUGGUUUAUUCAUUAAAAUCGUAGUGGUUCUCAUUUUUGCUUUAUGUUAGUUACAUACUUUUACAUCACACAGCUUAUCAGUGAUAAAACCAGGUAGUAAAUGUCAUUAUAAGGAUUUUUUUUUUCUUAGUAAGACCUGAAAACAAGUCAUUCCUUGUUAAGAAAGCAUACAGUAUAAUGUAUUUCUACUUAGUGUCAUAGAUCAUAUAUUUUUUAAAGGGAAAUAUUUGGAACUGUCACUGUUCACCGGCAUCACCGUCACUGUAGUCAUUCAGAUAUGCUCAAGGAAACUCAGUCAUUGUGAGUGAAAGAAUUCUCUCUUUACCUGGACUCAGACACCAUUUCAGCAGUCUCAGCUCCAGUAGUUCCAUACAUCUAAAACAGUUGUUUGAAAUAGUCUAAAUAUGAUAUUACACCACAUAAUUGAGGCUAUUUUAGUAAUGUGAAAGAUAAUUUCAGGGAACAUGUUUGUCUUAAACCCAUGGCUGGGGUAGUGGUGGUAUGGAAUAAGAGUGUCUGUGAUUUUUUUUCUGAGGUAAAUAUUAAAUCAUUAUCAUCAAGAAAAGCCCUCUCUCAUCUGUCUAAAAAAGAAAAUAGUUUCAUACUUCUGUCAUACAUUUUGGUAGACAUGUCCCUUUGAUUUUGAAUCUGUUUCAGAAGUUUAAUUCUGAAUACUGGUGCCCCUGUAUUUUUAUCUAGAAAACCUAGGUGGAAUUUUCAUCUUAUUUGCCCCCCAUUUCCAUUUUUUUUGUUGUUGUUGGAGCUAGUGUUCAGGUAUGUAAAAAUAGAUAUUCUGCAAUGAUGAUUUUACUAUUUAGGAGAGUUUUUGUUAAGGAUAUAUUUGAAGAUUGACAUUUCCAUAUUGUCUUUUUCAUUCUGUUGACCUUGGCAAAUUGUACAGAUUUUCAUGAUCAUUGCGUAUUUUUUGUCAUUCAAAUGUAUCUUUUGUGUUUCUAAAUGCACUUAUUUUACAGGUGUGACUUUAUCAGUGACUUUAAAUAAAGAGGUAGUAAUAAAAAUUCAAGUGAAGGUUUUCUCUAUUAAUGCAGAUAUAUUGGACUAAGGUUACUUUGGGUUUUAAUUUUUUUUAAAAAAUUUACAUUUACUAGUAUGGAAAAUUAUGCUCUACAGUAAAGAUAUGGAAAAUAAAGUAAAAGGAAGUAAAAAUGAGGGAUAUCAUUGGAAUUUUAUAGAUACAUAAAACAUUAGAUAUCAUUUAAUUUAGGCCUUUAUUUUGUUGACAAGAUAGGCCUCAAGUCAUGGCUUAUUUUACCUAAGUCACACAGCUUGUUGAAGACAGUGUCUGAAAUAGCAUCUACCAUCAGAUUAGUCCCAAGAAUCUGUCAACACCACCAUAGCUACCAAGAAGAUAAUCUGAAUCUAUACUGCCUGUUAGUUGAUAUAUUUGGUUCUAGUAUUAAUAAAGAAAAA